AUGACGCCUACAGUUACUAUGUCUUUGAAUUGGGAGUUACAUCAGAUGGAUGUUCAUAAUGCUUUUCUUCAUGGUGAUUUAGAUGAAGAAGUAUAUAUGCAAUUUCCUCCAGGGUACGGGUUCUCUCAUGAUGUCAUUUUUCAGUUUAAAGCUUAUUUGUGCAAAUGCUUCUAUAUGAAGGAUUUGGGUGUGCUAAAGUAUUUCUUAGGCAUUGAGGUUUCUCGUAGUCUGGAGGGUAUGUUGGGUUGCAAACCCAUUGAUACUCCGAUGGAGCAGAAUCAUCGACUUGCACAUGCUUCGGGUAAGCCGUUUGCUCACAUGGAUCAGUAUCGUCGGUUGGUUGGACAAUUGGUUUAUUUGUCAAUCCAUCACCAAGAGUUGAGUUAUUCGGUGCAUGUUUUGGCUCAGUUUUUGAGUGAUCUACAUGUUUCUCAUUGGGAUGCAGAUAUUCGCGUCUUGUGCUACCUCAAGGGUAGUCCGAGACAAGGAAUUCUGUUACGACCUAUGAAAGAUUUACGCUUGACGACGUUUUGUGAUAGUGAUUGGGCAGCGUGUCCAUUAACUCAACGUUCAUUGACAUAUUAUCUUGUUUUCCUAGGUCGUUCGCCUAUUUCUUGGAAGACUAAGAAACAACCUAAUGUAGGGAAUUUUUCCAACUCAUCUUUGAGCCCUACUGUGGUUCAUGCUUUUAGGCAUGGCGGCUGUGAGGAGGGUGUGCCCGUCGUUGGGGAUCCCACUGCCUCUAUGCCCAUGGCCUUUUAA